AUGAAUUCAUCUAAAGAGAGCGUGAAACGCAAACCAAGUCCUAUACAUGCCGCGAAUUUUUUCUCAAAAUGGUUUUUCAUUUGGACACGCGGCGUCUUCAAGAAGGGCUACUUAGAAAAAUUAGGACCAGAUGAUAUCUAUGAGCACGUACCGAAACUGGAUAGCAAACUGCUAUCCAACUCACUCAUUAGCUACUGGGAAAAGGAGGUGCGCAGAAAAAAUCCCAGCCUUUUGCAUAUGAUCUUUAGCGCAUUCGGAUGGCGAUUUGUGCCGAUGUGUAUAAUCUACUCAAUAUUGGAGAUAAUGUUACACACAUUUCAACCGCUCUUUCUUGGCUUAUUCGUUGCUUAUUUUGCCGAGGGUCAAACGGAAAUUACCAAAAACGAUGCUUAUCUUGCCGCCACUGGCAUUGUAAUCUGCUCACUCGUCGCUUCGCUGUGCUUUCAUCCAUUCAUGUUCUUUCUCUUCAAAACUGGCACCGCCAUACGUGUCGCAUGCGCUGGUUUAAUCUAUCGCAAAUGUCUACGCUCUUCCGUAACUUCAGACAAUAGCGGCAUGAGCGGUUUCGCUAUCUCAGUUCUGUCUACCGAUCUGCCACAAUUCGAUACGACUUUCUAUUUCGUGCACGAUCUCUGGAAGGGACCUAUUGAGGCGUGUGUUUUCGGUUACGUAAUGUACACAGAGAUCGGCUGGCCGGCAAUAGUAGGUAUUGCGGCGAUCGCCCUAUUUAUACCGCUACAAGCGUGGGCAGCCAAGGCCACCGCCAAGUAUCGACAUCGUUUCUCCGAAUACGGCGAUGAACGCGUCAAGCUGAUGAAUGAGAUUAUAACGGCCAUACAAGUGAUAAAGAUGUAUGCGUGGGAGAAAUCCUUCGCUAGGCUGAUAUCGAGCGUACGUAAGAAGGAGAUACACGCCAUUAGGGGUUCCCUGAAUAUUUACUCGGCUAUGCAAUGCACUAACAUGAUUUCGAAAUUCGCGCUCUUUCUCAGCCUAAUCGCUUAUGUGUACACUGGCGAUGUUAUAACGGCCAGAAAGGUUUUCAUUAUAUCCUCGUAUUAUGACGCACUCAACGAAUCGCUACUUCACUUCUGGCCGCUGUCGGUCACAACGUGGGCUGAAACUUUUGUAUGCGCGCGACGUAUACAAACAUUCCUGAUGCAGAGUGAGGACCCUGCAGAUGGUGGUAUCGAAAACUUUGCUGCCGAUAUCGAGAAGAGUGAAAAAGCAAACUUUUCGGGGCGUGUUCAUAAUCCAAAUGCGUCUGAAAAAAGUGUUAUAUUGCAAAAUCUGUCAGCCAGUUGGGACCGUGAGGAUGUGGAAAAGCGAAGAAACCACAUAAGCGAUAUCACUUUCCACAUACGUCCAGGACAAUUCGUCGGCAUUGUUGGCAAUGUAGGUGCCGGUAAGACCACGCUCUUAACUGCCAUACUCGGUGAGCUGGAAAUCGCCAAAGGCAGUAUGGAGGUAAAUGGCCGCAUCAGCUAUGCACCGCAAGAAGCGUGGAUCUUCGAGGCGAGCAUACGUGACAACAUCUGCUUUGUAGAGCCUUACGAUGCGCAACGCUACAGAGAUGUUGUACAAGCUUGUGAACUAGAACGCGACCUGCAAUUGUUACCCUACGGCGACUCGACGAUAGUCGGCGAACGUGGCAUUAGUCUGAGCGGCGGCCAGAAGGCGCGUAUUAGCUUGGCACGCGCUGUUUACCGCCAAGCAGACAUUUACAUAUUCGAUGAUCCUCUAUCAGCUGUGGAUGCAAAAGUGGCCAAACGUUUGUUAAGCAACUGCUUUCAAGACUAUUUGAGCACCAAGAUACGCCUAAUGGUGACACAUCGCGUGUAUAAUCUCAAAGAGGCCGACUGGAUAAUAUUGUUGGAAGCGGGCACUAUCGAGGUGCAGGGCACCUAUGAAGUACUCGAACAGAAGAUCAGCAAACGAUUGAGUUUGACGCAAGAGCAAGUGGAGAACCGACCUAAAUUGAUGCAUAGCGAGAGCGUGAUGGUGAAAGCGACUGCGGAGGAAGAAUCGGAGCAAAUCGAACUACCGAGUGAUACAGGUUUGGAGCGAAAGGAACAACAAAUGCAGGGUUCUGUGCGCUUUCAAAUCUACGCUGCCUACUUUCGCGCACUUCGCAAACCUUGGCUGAUAUUUUUGAUAUUCUUGAUGUUCAUUUUAGCGCGCGCUUGCCAAGCCUUAAUGGAUGUAUUCAUAGCCAGAUGGGCCACUUGGGAGGAAUCUCAGCCGCAGGAGCAUGAAACAACCAAUGAAUUCUCCACGAAGCGCAUGCAGAUAGUAAUCAUCUAUACGAUGCUCAUGCUGGGCACACUUCUCCUGUACAUAGUUCGUACCUUUGGCUUUUUCUUCAUUUGUCUCGCUAUAUCGCUACGUCUGCACGAUUAUCUCUUCAAUGGUAUUAUUCGCGCCCGCAUGAGAUUCUUCAAUACGAAUCCUUCUGGCAGAAUACUAAAUCGUUUCUCCAGCGAUAUUGCUAACAUAGAUAUUACACUACCUCAAACCAUGUUGGACUCGUACUCGUUCUACGUAAAUAUUAUUGCCGUGUUGGCGAUUGUGGCCUUUGCGAACUAUUGGCUUCUAAUACCCGAGUUCAUCGUGAUUUCCCUACUCUACUUUUGCCGCGGGCUCUACAUUAGGGCAAGUCGUAGUCUCAAACGGAUCGAGAGUAUGACACGCAGUCCUGUAUACACACACACGAAUCAGACCUUCCAGGGUCUUACUACAAUUCGUGCACUCAACGCUACAAGCCAUUUGGAUAACGAAUUCCAUAGCCACCAAAACACGAAUACAUCUGCCUUGUUUCUCUUUGUCAGCGUGAAUCGCGCUUUCGCCUUCUGGACUGAUCUCAUCUGUGUACUUUAUAUCCUGGCUGUCACCUUUAGUUUCUUAAUAAUUGAAAAAGAUUUCUAUAGUGGUGAUGUCGGCCUCGCCAUCACCCAGUCCAUGACGCUGGUAAUUAUGUGUCAAUGGGGUGUGCGGCAAACCGCCGAGAUGGAGAAUAAUAUGACGAGUGUAGAACGGGUGAUGGAAUAUGUGGAACUACCACCAGAACCUCCGCUAGAGACCGACCCAAGCCUCAAGUUGCUUGAAACAUGGCCAAGCUCGGGUGAGGUCCAAUUUAGGGAUCUUGUUCUACGCUAUGUGGAGCAGGGGGAGCCCGUACUCAAAGGGCUGAAUUUCUCUAUUAACUCAAAGGAAAAGAUCGGUAUUGUAGGACGAACAGGUGCCGGCAAAUCGUCCAUUAUACAAGCAAUCUUUCGGCUGGCGCUUAAUGAGGGAAGCAUCCUCAUUGAUGGUAUUGAUAUUAACACACUGGGUUUACAUGAUUUGCGCAGUCGCAUAUCGAUCAUUCCGCAGGAUCCUGUGUUGUUCUCAGGAACUUUACGCUACAAUCUCGAUCCUUUGGCAGAGAAAGCAGACGAAGAGUUGUGGCGUGCGCUGGAAGAUGUUAAGCUGAAAAGAUAUGUGUCUUCAUUGGAGGGGGGCUUGAAUUGUCGCAUGCACGAUGGGGGUUCGAACUUUAGUAUGGGCCAAAGGCAGCUGGUCUGUAUGGCGAGAGCCAUACUGAGGCACAACAAAUUGCUAAUAAUGGACGAAGCGACAGCGAAUGUGGAUCCAGAAACCGACAUUCUCAUCCAACAAACCAUUCACACUAACUUCCAUCACUGCACCGUACUAACCAUCGCUCAUCGCUUAAAUACCGUUAUGGACAAUGAUAAGGUGAUGGUAAUCGAUGCGGGACAAGUGGUCGAGUUUGGACAUCCUUACGAUUUGCUGCGCAAUACAGAUGGUUUUCUCUACAAGCUGGUGCAGAAUACAGGCAGACUCACGUCGGAGAUGUUACACCACAUUGCAGAGAAAAGCUACAAAAAACGGGUGGCAAAUGGCUGAGGCAGUAGGAUUAAUAAUUUGAUACGUACUUAAUAGCGAUUA